AUGUCCGCGAUAUCACAGCGUCACUCCUCAAAUGUCGCAUACAUCACAAUGUCGCAAGGAGGCUCAUCUGCAGACAAAGAUUGGCGGUCCGUAUCGAGGCGGAAGAAAGCAGAACAGAACGAGCGCAUACCAAAAGAAUGGAAGUUGAAUGUCUUACCAGGAGCCGACGUAAAGAGCUACAUCGAUAUACCACGCAAGUCAGGGCUAUUGACAGAAGAGGAGCUGGAGAUCACCGGACGAUAUGAUGCUGUGGCACUGGCCGAAGCAAUCAGAGGGAAGAAACUCAAAUGCGUCGAUGUGACACGGGCUUUCUGUAAAACAGCAGCAAUUGCCCACCAAGUCACCAAUUGCCUCACAGAAAUCUUCUUUGAUGACGCGCUGAAGAGAGCCCAGGAGCUUGACGCCCAUCUGGCAUCAGGAAAAGCACCCCUUGGGCCACUCCACGGCGUUCCCAUCUCACUGAAAGACACCUUCAGGGUCCGAGGUCAUGAUGCAUCGAUCGGGCUUGCAGCUCUCUGCUUCAAACCGGCACAAGAGAACUCGAUCCUAGUCGAUUGCUUACUCAACGCCGGUGCAGUUCUCUAUUGCAAGACCAACGUACCUCAAACGCUCAUGGCACUCGACUCCCACAACAACGUCUUCGGGCGAACUAUUAAUCCGCUCAACACUGCUGUGACCGCUGGUGGAAGCUCAGGUGGAGAGGGCGCUCUCAUCGCGAUGCGCGGCUCAAUCUUGGGUGUAGGCACAGAUGUGGGCGGCAGCAUCAGGAUCCCGGCCAUGUGCGAUGGUAUGUUCGGUAUUAAGCCCAGCUGGGAACGUAUUCCCUAUGCGGGUCAAGAGGGCGGCAUGCUUCCCGGAGCAACAAAAGUUGGUAUCCCGGCGAGUGCAGGGCCGCUCGCACACACCAUGCGCGACGUCGAACUCUUCUUCAGCGCAGUCGCAUCCCAGCAGCCGUGGAAUAUGGAUCCAGAUGUCAUACCAUCGCCAUGGAAUUCUUCAUCAACUACGCGAAAGAAGCUACGGAUCGGCAUCGUCCGGCGAGAUGGAGUCAUUGAACCACAUCCACCAAUCUCCAGCAUCUUAGAUGAAGUCAAAGCUAAACUGCAAAAGUCUGGUAUCGAGGCAGUGGAGAUGGACAUCACCCCUCUCUUUUCUCAAUGUCAAUCCCUCGCCAAUGCGCUAUUCGGUGUUGAAGGUGGCAACGCCAUGUUCGACUUGCUGGAAUCGUUCAACGAGCCACUUUCGCCAUGGUUAUCGACUCGACUCAAACGCAAGAAGCCGAUGAAUCUUCCCAAAGUUCAGCAAUUUCAUGGCAAGCGCGAGAAGCUGCGAAAGGAGUUUUUGAGCAUCUGGAAAGAUGCGCAUGGCGAGAUCGAUGCCUUUAUCUGCCCAGUCGCGCCACAUCCUGUGCCGCCCAUUGACCGGUACAACGGCGUCAGCUACACGAGUUCGUUUGUACUGUUAGACUACCCUGCCGGUACUGUACCAGUAAGGUCGUUUGAAGAGGCGGAUAUGAAGGGCGAGAUGGCGAGCACGGAGCCAUUGGGAAGUUGGGACAAAGCAAACAGGGAGCUUUGGACCAACACUGAUCGUUCGGUCUACCUUGGCACGCCGCUUUGUGUACAAGUCGUCGCACCCAGAUUACAAGAAGAGAAGCUGGUGCAGGCCAUGUGUGCCAUCGACGACGCUUUGAAGGGCUCAAACACUCUCAGCGCGAAGCUGUAG